AUGUCGUUCUACGGCACGAGGACGGCAGCCGGGACGGCAGCGACGACUGCGGGGGGUCAGCUGAGCUACUACAACAAGGCGAACGCGACAAACCUGCCUAACGGCCCGCGAGACAGCAUCUCUCAGCUCGGAUGGUCGAGCGACGGCAGUCUGCUGAGCUGCACAAGCUGGGAUAACUCGGUGCGCAUCUGGCAGAUUUCCGCCGGGUUCGGGAAUCAAAUUCAAGCCGCGGCGAAGGUUUGCAUGGAGGCGCCCGCUCCUCUGCUGUGUUCUACUUUCGGCCCGGCCUCAAACCAUCUUUUCGUGGGAUGCUGCGAUAAGACCGUGAAGCUUUUCGAUUUGAAUGCGAGUCCGUCGAACCCGCAAGUCGUAGCACAGCACGACCAGCCCGUCUGCAGCGUCGCAUGGAAUCCGAUCCACAACGUUAUCGUCACGGCGAGCUGGGACGGCUACGUGCGCAUGUGGGACGGCAAGCAGCAGCAGCCGGUCUGGCAGCAGAGCGUCGGCGGAAAGAUUUUCCGAAUGGGCGUGCACAGCCCGUUCCUGGUCACCUGCGACAACUUCCGCAACGUCAACGUGUUGAAUUUGAACACGCUGCUUUCGGGGAACACGCCGCAGCAGCCGAUCAAGAUUGUGCCGCCGCUGCAGAAGCUCCAGUCGCGCUCGAUGGGCUUCUUCCCCGACAAAGAGACAGAAGUCCCCGGCGUCGCAGUUGGCAGCGUCGAGGGGCGCGUGGGCAUCUGCCACUUCAAACAAGAGCAUAGAAACAUGAGCUUCAGCUUCAAGUGCCAUCGCCAGGAGACUCCGCAGGGCGUGCAGAUCUACGCGGUCAACUCGAUCGACUUUCAUCCGAAGCACGGGACUCUCGCGACAGGAGGCGCAGACGGAUCAAUUGUUUGCUGGGACAAGGUCAACCGCCAAAAAUUGCGGGCGUUUGACAACAUGGGGAACAGCGUCACGGACGUAAAGUUCAAUCCCACGGGCAACAACCUCCUCGCCUACGCAGUCUCCUACGAUUGGUCCAAGGGCCCCGACCAGCAAGAACUUAACAAGGGUCAUCAGUUGUAUGUACACAUGGUCAAAGACGAAGACAUUCGCCCUCGGCCCAAGACUACUACGCGCCGAUAG